AUGAUAUCGGAUCGUUACAACCAUUCAAGCAAUCGAGGCGAGUGGGAAGAGUUCGGAAUAGCCUGCUGACAUGGACGUCAGGGAGAACAAGGACCUAAUCUGGCGAAUGCGGUCAUCUGGCUGACUUUUCCUGCCGAAUCAGCGACUUCGCAUUCAUUUCAGCGACUUUACCUAUGGCCGCCGUCUGGAUCUAUUUAAGACCGACUAGCAAGCUCCGAAGACUCCUUUAUAUCUCUGCUUCGAUUCACUAGGAUCGACUUUGAACCCACGACGACUUACAGAGAAGAUGGCCUCAGAGAGUGUAGCAAACAAGGCCGUGUCGAAUGGAAUUCCUCCUCCAACAGUGGAACUUCCGUAUCCUGACCGGGCGGAGAUCAUCACUAACAACCUCUUGAAGCUCACCGACCUUGCGACGAACCCACGGACGAAGUUCAUAUUCAAGAAUCUGGUCGUGAAGUUGCAUGAGUUCAUCAAUGAAACGAGUAUCACAACAGCAGAAUGGAUGACCACCCUCGAGUUCCUCACCCGCACUGGCCAAACCUGCACACCUCUUCGCCAAGAAUUCAUCCUCCUCUCCGAUAUCCUUGGAGUUUCUGCCCUUGUCGACGCGCUCAACAACCCACCGGUGGGCAACUCGACGGAGAGCAGCGUGUUGGGUCCGUUCUUCACCGAGGAUGCACCAGAUGUGAGCAAUGGCGACUCGAUUGCGUCGGAGGGCAAGGGCGAGUACAUGUUCGUCGAGGGAAGUGUACUUUCGACGAGUGGGAAACCCAUCCCGGAUGCCGUCAUCGAGACCUGGGAGACCGACGACAAUGGAUUCUAUGAUACGCAGUACAAGAAUCGCGAGAAGCCCGACUGUCGUGGUCGCCUGCGUUCCGGUCCAGAUGGCAAAUUUGGUUAUCGUGCCGUCGUACCCGUGGCUUAUCCUAUCCCUGGAGAUGGUCCUGUCGGAGAACUCCUCGUUCACCUAAACCGGCACAACAUGCGUCCUAACCACCUCCACGUCAUGAUCGAAGCCCCAGGAUAUGUCAAACUCACCACUGCUCUCUAUCCCGAUGGUGAUCCAUACAUGACGAGUGAUGCCGUGUUCGGUGUGAAGAAGAGUUUGGUCGUGCACUACAAAGACGUAGACGACGAAGCAGAGGCACGCAAGCGCGGUUUCCCGAAAGGGUCGAAAUUCAAGCUCUUGAAGUUUGAUUUCGUUCUCGUCACGAAUGAGGAAUCGAAGGCUGCGUUGGAACAGCAAGCGAAGGCUGCAGCGAGGAAUGCUGUUCAAUGAGCGACUGCAGACUCGCUUCUUUGUGAACUCAACCGCAUAGGGCAUAGGUUUCGUGAUGCAGAAGGGACAGGCUGAAGGAGGGUUGGGUUGAGGGGCUCGAGAGGAAUGCCUAUAUUCGGUAAGGAGCCGAAGUUGUAUCAAUACGCGGUGUACGAGUAGCAGGGUUGUGUGGUACGGUUCUCUUGUGACUGGAUGGAUCAUUGUAAACCGAUAUCUCAGCGUCUGCGUUCC